CAACAGCAACAGAAACAAAAAAACAACAAUCCCGCUCUCAAAAGUCGAGGGUCGCCGAGGAGAAGAACAAUAGUGUGAUGUUUCCCGGCGGGUGGAGGUUCGGCCGGCACAGCGAGGUGGACCUCUUCACGGACCGCUAUGACCUCAGCGCGGAGACCCUCUCCCAGGCCAUCAGGGCUGCCGCGUCCGAGGAGCCGGACGCGGACGGCAGCGUAAUGUUUGGCCUCCUGCAGGGCACCGUGGUCGGCCUCAGAUACUACUCCGGGGUGGUGAAUCAAGGCGAAAUGGUCGGUUUGGUGAGACAGCCCCAGAACCAAUACGACCGCAAUGCAGUGAUGGUCGCCAACAUUUAUGGAAACCAAGUGGGUCACAUCAAGCGGGAGCUGGCAGCAGCGAUGGCCCACGUCAUGGACAACAAUCUGGCCAAAGUUGAGGGGGUGGUACAUUCCGGGACGAAAAACUCCUUCACCAUGCCGCUGAUGUUGUCCUUCUGGGGGAAGGAAGAAAACCAACAAACCGUGAAGGACAACAUGGCCUGCCGCGGAUUCAAACUGAACACGGGAGGAGGCAAAGCAACGGGUGCAAAUCAGAGUAGCCGUGCAUUGUCAUCUAAAAAAGGUGUGACCAUCCUGCUAACUCCAGAGGAGCUGAAGAAUGCAUUCGACAACCUUUUUGACGGCUUGAUGGAGAGUGAAGACGGAGAGAAAGAAGCAGCUGAGGCUGUGGGCACUCCCCUCAUGCCUCACCAGAAGCAGGCGUUGUCCUGGAUGUGUGCGCGGGAAAACAAAAGUGCGCUGCCCCCCUUCUGGGAGAGGAGGGGCGAGCUCUACUACAACCGACUCACCUGCUUCUCUGCCAAAGAAGUGCCGGAAAGAAUUCGCGGCGGGAUACUGGCGGACGACAUGGGACUGGGAAAAACUCUGACAACCAUCGCUCUGAUUCUCACCAACUUUCACAAAGGAAAGCCUCUGCCUGUGGAGAAAUGCGAGAAGCCGCCUUCGCCUGUCGAAGCAAAGACGAAACCAGAGAAGAAGCCCUCCCAACUGGGAGAGAGCAGCAGCGAUGGAGUGAGUGAUGCAGCGGCUGCUUCUACACACACACACAUUUCCCAGGUGGAGGUGAUCUGUGUGGAUUCAGCAGAGGAAGUGGACAAGUCGGAGAAGAGUAGCAGCAAAGGCAAGAAGAAAGCCACCAAGAGAAAGCCCGCUAAAGUGGCCCCGAAAUGCAUCGAGGAUCUGGACUUCGCUGCAGCCCUGGGCGGCUCGGCAGCACACACGAGCUUAAAGAAGAAGAAGAAAACUGGCACUCCGACGCCGAGUGUGGACUCCCUCAUCACAGAAAGUGCAGAUGACUCAUCGGCACGGACAACGCUCAUCCUCUGCCCCCUGUCGGUGAUCAGCAACUGGCUGGACCAGUUUGAGCAGCAUGUGCGCGCCGACGUGAAGCUCAACGUGUAUCUGUACUACGGCGCAGAGCGCAACCGGAGCAAAGCCUUCCUGUCCUCUCAGGACGUGGUGAUCACGACCUACAACGUGCUCUCCGCCGACUUUGGGAAUAAGAGUCCCCUGCAUGGGAUCCAUUGGCUGCGGGUUGUGCUGGACGAAGGGCACGUCAUCAGAAACCCACAGGCACAGAUGAGUAAGGCUGUGCUGGACCUGAAAGCUCAUCGGCGCUGGAUUUUGUCAGGUACUCCCAUCCAGAACAGUGUGAAGGACCUGUGGAUGCUGCUGGCCUUCCUGCGCCUGAAGCCCUUCGACGCCAGAGAGUGGUGGAACCGAGUGAUCCAGAGACCCGUCACUCAAGGAGACCGGGCCGGCCUGCAGAACCUGCAGACCCUGGUGAAGUGCAUCACCCUGAGGCGCACCAAGGGCACCGAGGUGAACGGUCGCCCCCUGGUGGCCAUGCCUGAGAAGACGGUCUGUGUGGAGCAGGUGGAGCUGAGCCAGUCGGAGAGAGAGGAGUACGAGCUGGCCCGCAACGAGGGGAGGAAUAUCAUCGGCAGAUACCUAACUGAAGGGACAGUCUUGAAGAACUACGCUGACGUGUUGGCCAUCCUGAUGAGGCUUCGGCAGCACUGCUGCCACCCGGAUCUGCUGACCAAGACACCCUUGGACCUGGGCGCGCCGGCGACCCCGGCGGAGAUGCGAGAGCGUCUGAUCGAGAAGCUGCGCUUCGUGUUGGCCAGCGGCUCCGACGAGGAGUGCGCCGUCUGCCUGGAUUCGGUGCGCCUGCCCGUCAUCACGCACUGCGCCCACGUCUACUGCCGGCCCUGCAUCGCCCAGGUCAUCGGCACCGAGCAGGAAACAGCGCGCUGUCCUCUCUGUCGAAGUGAGAUAAAGACCAAUGAGCUGGUGGAGUUUCCACAGGAGGAAAUGGAGGAGGAGAAAAACACAAACCCUGAGAAGUGGAGGACGAGCUCAAAGGUGCAGGCGCUGAUGGGAAACUUGUUGCGGCUGCGAUGUGAAGACAGCAGCGUCAAGUGUUUGGUCGUCUCUCAGUUUACGCGCUUCCUCACCAUCCUGGAGACUCCACUCAGAGAGCACGGCUUCAGCUUUGUGCGUUUCGACGGCACCCUGAGCCAGAAGAGGAGGACCCGGGUCAUCCAGGAGUUUCAGAGCCCUGCGGCCGACAGCCCCGUCGUCAUGCUGCUGUCGCUCAAAGCUGGAGGGGUGGGGCUUAACUUGACCGCCGCCUCUCACGUUUACUUCAUGGACCCUGCGUGGAACCCCGCCACGGAGGAGCAGUGCAUCGACCGCUGCCACCGCCUGGGACAGACGAGGAACGUUUUCGUUACCAAGUUCAUUGUGAAAGACUCCGUGGAGGAGAGCAUGGUGAAGAUCCAGAAGCAGAAGCAGGACCUGGUGGAGAAGGCCUUCGGUUGCAGGAACGCCGACAGAAACACGUCUCGCAUGGACGACAUCAAAGCGCUGAUGGAGCUGUAGACGUGCAGACGUUCACGCAUCAGGUGUUCUGGUUGGGUCCCACAGAAGAGCUGCACGGAGAUUAUUUUUGUUUUUGUUCAAGUUUGUGUUUAUAUUUAGAAAUUUUUCAUUUCUAGUUUAUAAUGAAUGUUCUAAUUUGUUUUAUUUCUACUACUCUGUGACGGUUCAAGUUUGAUACUGAUCCAUUAAUAGGACAAACCAUUUGUGAUGCGUAGGCGCAAUUAAAAAAAAUACUAAACAUGGAGGAUUACGUAGAAGACAUGUACGCAGAUAUAAUACGUUUGUAGAUGCUGUAUUUAAAACAGACUGCAGCUUUCAGAACGUCGAUGUCUGUCCAAUUAAAAAGGGAAACCUUUGUUUACUACACAAUCUAAUAAUCAUUUAAGUGGUUACAUUAAGUGCUUCUCAAAUGGGAGGAUGUACACGCUCCCAGAUAUUCAAAGAUGUCACUUUGAGCCAUUUUACACUAUUCUGUGACACGUCAUUGUCCAAAACGAUGAAACCGAAGCCCCGUAAAUCGAUAUGUCGAGAAAUAAAGAAAAUAAAACUUGUGAUGGUUAAAAAAAGG